UCAUAGGUGAUUACCUGCAGGUUUCUUCUUUUCUUUCUUUUUUGUUCAUAAUAAAUAUACCAACUACGCUUGUCAAUUAACAGAAAAAUUAGUAAAUAAUAGAAACUAGACAAUAAAAUAAAAACAAAUUUUCACCAUGGCACCUCGAGGCAUUCGUUGUGCCUUAGGUAAUCAUAACUUGCGCGGUACCGGAGUGCUUAUCACAAAUGCGAAACAUAUUUCGUUUAUAAAGAAAGCUAUACCGCAUUUCCGACCGCAAGAAAGAGUCUGUGUGCAGUGCAAAAAAGCCAUGGAAAAUAUCUACACCAAUAAGCUCAAGCGAGCAAUAGAAAAUCAACGUCGUACGCUUGGAUCAUUGAGUGUUUCAUCGUCUACAACAUUGUCGUCAGAUGUGUCCGCAUUUCAGUUAGUCAAUGAACAAACUUCAGACAGGGACCCUAAAACCGGAAAUGUGGACGCUUCCACGGACAGUUCAAAUGAACCUACAACCAGUGCUGCCGCCGCUGCCAGACGGCAAAAAAAAUGCCAGCAACAACUAAUUGACAAAUAUAAAGCACCACAAGAGAGAAAUGUUCGUCUUCCAAAUGUCCAACCCUACAUAAGGCAUCAACAAUUUAUUCACGCUAAUCCGGAAAUAAUGAAUAUAUACCUUCAGGGCUUAACUGGCGGUUAAAAACUAGGACGGAAUGAAUGAAGAACGCUGUGCCAGUUUAAAAAACUCUCCUAAGGGUCGCAGAUUUUUAAUAAUAUGUAUAUUUCUUCGUAUUCUCUCCUUAUACUUGGUUGAGAAAAAUAAAAUUUGAAAACUUUUUAUUUAUUUAUAUUAAAACAGAUGUAGAAUUUAUUCUUAAAGGGCCACCAAAUUCAUGUAAAACAAACACAAGAUUUCCCUCAAAAUACAUUAUUUCUUAUUUCGUCCUUAAUUAAAUUAUAACC